AUGGUUGCCAAUUCAGCAAUCGACAGAUUCGGAAUAUCCUGGCUCAGGUACGCUGGUUUGCCAGAUUUACUUAAAUCUUUUUUUUUCCAUCGUUUACGUGCAUUUUUCAGAAACAUAGUGGAUAAGAAUAGCAAAUUAGCUGAUCCUUGCUGCAUGAUUUUAUCAAAUAUAACACGACCACAGAUGUUUGCUGACAGAAUCAUUAUUUUAGCAGAAAAAACAGGGAUAGCAUGGACUGCAUUAUUAAAUUGAUUUACAACCAAUAAUUAUAAUACUACAGGAGAAAAACUACAUUAUUUAGGACCAGUUAUUAGUAAUCUCAGUCAAACAAAGAAAAUGCAAAAAUAUUUGUUGGACAAAGAUCAAUUUGUAUUUCAACGAUUACUCCCCUUUGUUGAGUAUGAAGAGAGUAAUGUAAGACGUGGUGGAAUUGUUGGAACAAUAAGGAAUUGUUGUUUUGAUGUUGAAAAUCAUGAAUGGCUCAUGAGUCCAGAUGUUGACAUUGUGACUUACUUAUUGUUACCUCUUGCUGGACCAGAAGAAUUUACAGAUGAGGAAAAUAAUAAGUUACCUAUAGAUUUACAAUAUUUGCCAGAAACUAAAAAGAGGGAGCGAGAUCCUGACAUCAGGAUUAUGUUGUUAGAAGCAUUAGGCCAAUUAUGUACUACAAAGGUAGGACGAGAUCUCAGACACAAUAAUGCUUAUGUUAUCCUCAGGGAAUUGCAUAAAUGGGAUAAAGACAAAGCUUUUUUAUUAGCUUGCGAAAACGUCGUUGACAUUUUGAUCAAAACUGAAAAAGAAAUAGGACUUAAUAAUUUAAAGGAAGUUGAAGUGCCAGAAGAAUACAAGGAAAAGUUCCACAAAAUGGACAAGGAUUACCUAGAAGAAGAAAGCGAUGAGGACAAAGAGGAGGAAAAGAAAAAUGAAAAUAUAAAAGCUGUUGAACAGUAAAUAAACCAACUUUGUACAUAUUUUACAAUACUAGGUCAACAAUUUUUUGAAUAAUUUGUGUAAAUAUACAACUGAAUUUCUUUUUACUUCACAGUAAGACAUUUGUAAAAGUUUUUUUUUAUAGUUAAAAUAUAAUAAUGUUAAUUAUUAUAAA